AUGGAGUACCCAGAAGUAACAAGACAACUUGGUAAAAAGAUUGAUAUUAACUAUUAUCUGAAAAGCAUUAUCGAGUUAUAUGCGCGUUUUAUAAAUUAUGAUGAUAGAUACCAGCUAUCAUUUGAAACUUUGCUACAAGUCUUAAAAAAGUUAAAAGAUGAG